GGCUGUUGCAUAGCAACUGGCAAAGGCAGUUCGCCCUCUCUCGCUUGCAAGAAUAUUCGGAUCCCUCUCUCACCCAGAUCGCCUUCCUGAAUUAGGAAAUGGCCUACGAGGAAAUCCAGCCUCUUGUUUGUGACAAUGGGUCUGGAAUGGUCAAGGCUGGAUUUGCUGGUGAUGAUGCACCUAGGGCAGUCUUCCCAAGUAUUGUUGGCCGACCUCGCCUGGUUGGCACGGGCCAAAAGGAUACUUAUGUUGGUGAUGAAGCACAUUCGAAUAGAGGUGUUCUUACAUUGAAGUAUCCUAUUGAGCAUGGAAUUGUCAGCAACUGGGACGAUAUGGAGAAGAUCUGGCACCAUACAUUCUAUAAUGAGCUUCGUGUUGCUCCUGAGGAGCAUCCUACAUUCCUAACGGAAGCCCCUCUUAAUCCAAAGGCAAACAGAGAAAAGAUGACUCAGAUUUUGUUUGAAACUUUUAACGUACCUGCUAUGUAUGUUGCCAUUCCGGCCGUUCUUUCACUCUAUGCCAGUGGUCGUACAACUGGUAUUGUGCUCGAUUCUGGUGAUGGUGUGAGCCAUAUUGUGCCCGUCUGUGAAGGACAUGCUCUACCUCAUGCUCUUCUUCGAUUGGAUCUUGCCGGUCGUGAUCUCACAGAUUGCCUGAUGAAGAUCCUUACCCAGAGAGGUUAUUCAUUCACCACCACUGCUGAGCGAGACAUUGUCACUGCUGAGCGAGAAAUUGUAAGGGACAUCAAGGAGAAGCUUGCCUAUGUUGCUCUUGAUUAUGAGCAGGAGCUGGAGACUGCCAAGACCAGUUCCGCUGUGGACAAAAGCUAUGAACUUCCUGAUGGGAAGGUUAUCACCAUCGGUGCUGAGAGAUUCAGAUGCCCAGAGGUCCUCUUCCAGCCAGCCUUAAUCGGCAUGGAAGCUGCUGGUAUUCAUGAGACAACGCACAACUCCAUCAUGAAGUGUGAUGUGGAUAUCAGGAAAGAUCUGUAUGGAAAUAUCGUGCUCAGCGGUGGAUCCACUAUGUUCCCUGGUAUUGCCGAUCGUAUGAGUAAGGAGAUCACUGCACUCGCACCAAGCAGCAUGAAGAUUAAGGUGGUUGCUCCGCCUGGGCGAAAAAACAGUGUUUGGAUCGGCGGUUCCAUCAUUGCAUCCCUUAGCAUUUUCGAGCAGAUGUGGAUUCCCAAGAAAGAGUACGAAGAAUCUGGUCCAGCUAUUGUCCACCGGAAGUGCUUCUAAGCUCCAUUACCUCGCUGCAUCUUUGUGGAGUUUGUCAAGGACUAUCUGAUACGAGGUUUUCUUGAAAUUUUAAUGCCUUGGUUUGGGGCCUUAUGGAAUAUUCUAAUCCUUAGGAAUAUAAAAUCAGAUUCAUGCAAGUGUUCUUGUUUUAUCGAGAUUUUAUAGUAAAAUAAACAGAAGCAAUCGAUGACACAAUU